AUGGCGCGGCGGCGCCGCCGUCGCGCGUUCGGCGGCCGCCCGGAGCUCCGCCUGGCCUACGGCUCCCGCGCCCGCCCGCUCGGCCGCGCGAUCCUCGCGCUGCUGCCCCCGCCCCCGCCCCCCGGCGCCCCCUGCCCCGUCUGCCGCGGCGCGGCCUCCGGGUGCCUCGCGUGCCGCCGCUGGGCGCACCUCCUCCGCGACGGCGACCCCGUCGCGUACCGCCGCCUCGUCACCCGCGCCGUCUGCGCCGUCGAGCCCGUGCCGGCCGCGCCCCUGCCGCCGCAGUAUACCCCAGGGAACGCCGGGCACUCGCAGGCACAGCUCGUUCGGGAGACGAUAAAGUGGAUCUUGACGGAUCGGUCCUGUAGAACCAAGAACGUCCUCUGCAAUGGUAUCCAUCAGGGUGGCCAGGCUAACCUUGUUUCUUCUUCAUCCUGGAAUAUUCUCCUGGAUAGAAUUGGGGAUCUUCUCAUGUGCUAUAUUCUGAGGCAUUCAUCAGUCUUUUUGCCCAUUAAAAAGAGUGAUUACUUUCAGGUGACUGGUGUUCCACUCAACAUUGUUCUGCACAAGCCUAUAUUUGCCAGUACCAUGGCAAGGAAACAACAAUCCAGAUCGAUAGAAGUCAAAUGCCCUACGUGCCACGUGUUGCGUAAUGCAAAGAUGAAACUAAACAUAACCGGAGGCAAUCGUGGCAACAGUUCAGACUCUGCAUUUUACUGUUCAGAUAACACUCAGAAAUGUGAUGCUCUACAAAGUUCUGGAAGUUGUGAUGCUGAAAGAGUUAUAAAGCCUAAUUGUUCAAGUGAUGGAUGUAACUGUUCCAAUUGCUUUACCCGGAAGCCUAGGAAAAGAAAAAGAUUGUACAGCUGGCAGCGCCGCAGUAAGCGGAAGCAGAUCUGUAAUGAAGAUAAGUUAACAGAGUUAAGUAAAUUAAACAACAGUAAUUAUGCUGUGUGUAAUCUCUUAUCAGAUGGCGCAGCUGCUGGAGUGAAUGGUCAAACACACUCCUUGAAGCGUACUGCAGAUAACAUUUCUAUUGGAAUGAACAAUGAUGAAUUUGUUUCACAAAUUGAAGAGCCAUGUGAUGUACCCGUCCUGUCAUUAAAGAAGUCACCUAGUUCUGUGUCAGAUACUAGUCCUUCCCAGGAUCUAUUUUGUGGUUACUGUAAAUCAGGAGUCCAAUGUACAAGUCCCAAAGUAGGACCCUCCAGCUACUCACAACUGAACAGUGGUUCCAUCUGCUUCAAUUGCUUAAUGUUGAAUGCUUCGAAAUGUGUGUCAGUAGAUUCUUUGAUACCAAGACAGGCCAUUUUCUAUAACAAAGGAUUAUCUGAGAAUGUCUUCCAUCGUAGCAACUUGACAAAUAAAAGGAAAGGACCAGACACACUGUCUUUAUUGAAGCGCAUAUUUGGAAUCAAGGAAUGCUGCAUAAAGUUCGUCCAAUGUGAUUGCCAUGGAUCUUCCACACCAAAUUCUAAUUGCCUGUAUCAUUGGAUGCUUCAACUAGUGAAAAAUCUCAUAAGGAAUUCUAAACAUUGCCAGUACAAGAAACUAUUUCUGAAGCAUUGUUCUGUCAAGUCUAAGGUGGCAAAAGAUGGGUUCCCUUCAGGCAACAUAAAAUAUUCAAGAGGAGGAAAAUCAGCAUAUUGUGGUGAAUCUUUUGCUCAGUUGGAAGCUUACAGUACACAUCAGCAAGUACUAUCCUUUGUCUGGGCAGUGUUGACACGUAUCAUACCACAGCCUUUGUUAGGGAAUCCUUCUAGUAAGAGAUCUUUAAGGAUGAACAUUUGGAAGUUUAUAAGGUUACGUAGGUUUGAAACAUUUCAAGUAACUGAUUGUAUUGGUGACUUGAAAGCACCAGAAUAUUCUUGGCUAUCAAAAAUUGGAUUCACUAGUUGCAUUUGUUCUGUACUACUUGGAGAAGAGACUGGGCUGUCAAAUGGCACAGAGGAGCAGAAACAGAACAAUCUCUUGCAUUGUUGGAUUAGCUGGUUAUUUUCUGACAUUGUGAUCCCAUUGAUCAAUACAUACUUUUAUGUUACAGAAAGAGAAACAAAACGAUAUGAUGUUUUCUAUUAUCCAAAGUCAGUGUGGAGGAACCUAACUAGCAAUACUAUUGCUACCUUAAAGGCGCAGAGCUUCAAGAUUUUGUGUGGUACAUCGAGGAGAGCAAUAAAACAUUUGUACCGUUCUUCAAGAGUGAGAUUUCUUCCAAAAGCAAAGGAUAUCAGACCAUUAGUAAAUUUUAAAGCUCAGUCAAAGGAUGGUAUUCUCAACAAGUGUCAUUUAGUUAUUAAAAAAUUAAGGGCUGAUAACCCAGAGAUGUUUGGUUCUUCUGUUUUUGAUUAUGAUGGUGUUUACAAAAACCUUUCCAGUUUUAUGUCUUCAGUAAGAAGACAGUUGACAGAGUCAAAGAUAUAUAUUGUGGUUGCUGAUGUAUCCAAGGCAUUUGAUUGUGUUAAUCAUGACGUGCUACUGAAAAUUAUGGAUGAUGUUCUGAAAGGUGAUGAGUUUGCCUUGAGAAAAUGUACCAAAGUAAUUUACAGUAGGUCUAAGAAUGUGGCUUACCGCUUUGAUUCAAAUGUCUCCGUCAGCAAUGGAAACAGAAUUAAUGAUUUCUCAAUUCAGCCAUCAUCAGGUGGUGGCAUUCUAGUUGAUCAGGGAACUGUUAGUACAAUCCGGAAGGAAGAGCUUCAACGUGUCCUUUUCGAACAAGUCAAGUGCAAUAUUCUGAAGAUUGGGCCAAACUUUUACUUGCAGCAAGUAGGGAUUGCUCAAGGAAACAAGUUAUCUCCCAACCUUUGUUCCCUAUACUAUGGCCACCUUGAGAAUUCUGUGAUAUUGAAUUUUCUGCGUGAUGGAAAUUCAGGAGAUGCUAUUUCAGAACCGGAAUUUUUAAUGAUGAGGUUCAUUGAUGACUUCAUGUUUAUCUCUCUCUCAAAGAAGCAUGCUUUGAAUUUCUUUAAUAGGAUGAGAAGAGGUUUUGUGUACUACAAUACUUACAUGAAUGACAGCAAAUAUGGUUAUAAUUUCAAUAUUGGAGAUAACGAGCAGUGCGAUAAUAGGAUCUACAGGGGCGAUGAUGGAGUCACUUUCAUACCAUGGAGUGGUUUGCUUAUAAACUGUGAAAAUUUAGAAAUUCAAGCUGAUUAUACAAGGUAUUUAGGCAUUACAAUCAUCUCCACGAUCACUGUGAAGAUGCAUUCUUCCAUGAAGUACCUUAGCAGCAAGCUAUGUCAUUAUAUGCGUCCGAAGUGCCAUCCCAUUUUUUACGACUCCAAUAUCAACUCACUGGGCACUGUAAGACUGAAUAUGUAUCAAGCCUUCCUGUUAUGCGCAAUGAAGUUCCAUUGCUAUAUGCGGAGCAUGCCUUAUUCCAGCAUAAGCAAACCCGAGUUGCUGCAUGUCAUUAAGAAGACCUUCAGAUACAUGCAUAGUCUGAUUGUCAGCCGUAUGCAAGAUAUGGAGCUGCAAUCAAAUGUGCGCCCAGUUCUAAAGCUAAGACGCAAAGAAACCAAUUGGCUUGGACUAUCUGCCUACAUCCGCGUGCUUCAAAAGAAACAAUCUCGUUACAAGGAUUUGUUGGCGUUGUUGAUAGCAGAGGCUGAGGGUUAUGGUCAUAUGGACUGUGAUUCUGACAGUUUGUGCUAUGCUGUGGAUGAUUCUCACUCGUCAAUGUUCUGGAAGUUCAAAUAUUAGAAGGAAACUCGAGGGGCCUGAGUAUUGCAGAGAACUCUUAUUUUGUGGGUACAGUUUUAGCAGGAUUGGCUUAUAUACAGCUCUACCUGCCAUAUUAUCAGGUAGAAAGGGUGAAAACUAGUUGCUUCUGGAAUUGCAGUAACACUGAUCAUGUUUGCGCCAAGCUUUCACUUCAUAGUCUUAUAGCAGCAUUUUAUAUGUUCCUGUAUCUGAUCCCAUGUGUCUGAUUAGCUGCUAAAUUCAUUAACAAACAAGCAUCAUAGCUCUACAUCACAUUUUACUUUAGUCAUUAAUCUUUUGCGUGUUUUUUAUAAACAGAUGAUUAAAUGUCAAAGAACAUCAUUGAAUGAUUCCUAUUA